CCCUCUGCCUCCGGAGGGCGUCAGAGGCCCUGUGAUCCAGUGGCUGAAGACAGGUCCGGACGAAGAGCAGGCCAUGGCCCCUGGGAACACAUCUGCCAGCCCCGCCCAUUAGCCCCUGGGCGAACAGUGCGAUGCAGGCUCUUGGCCUGCUAACUAGUCACCUCAGACUUCAGGCACACACACCUCUGCUUGGGGCCCAGAGAGACUCUGCACCCUCCCUGGCUAUGGUAUUUCUGCCCUCUAAAGAAAAAGACUGCCCUGGCUGGUGUGGCUCAGCAGACAGGCCUGGCGUGUGAACCGAAGGGUCACGGGUUCAAUUCCUAGUCGAACAUGCCUGGGUUGUAGGCCAGGUCCCCAGUAGGGGGCGAGUGAGAGGCAACCACACAUUGCUGUUUCCCUCUCUCCUUCCCUUCCCCUGUAAAAGUAAAUUAAGUAAAAUCUUUAAAAAAGAAAAGAAAGACUGCCUAGUAGCCAAGCAAGAGAUCUGUACUCAUUUUCCAGGAAGAAACGCGUUGCAUUUAUGACACAGGAGACGUGACACUGCCCUGCAGUGCGGGCGUCCCACAGCUCCCUCAGAACAGUCCCCUCCUCCAGCUGGUCCUGCCCAACACUCCCUGCUCCAGUGCAGAUGGGUCAGCAGUCAGUGCCUCCUCUGUUCAGCUGCAGGGGACCCACCGCACUAAAAUGAGGUUCCACCCUGGCUGGAGUGGCUCAGUGGGUUGAGCACCCACCUGUGAACUGAAGGGUUGCCAGUUCUGUUCCCAGACAGGGCACAUGCCAGGUUGUCGGCCAGGUCCCCAGUAGGGGGCGCUCAAGAGGGAACCACAAAGGAUGUUUCUCUUCCCCUUCUCUAAAAGUAAAAUCUUUUUAAAAAUAGAAAAGUGAAGUUCCAUUACAGCCUAGAGAGGGGGUUCCGAGUGCAGUCGAAGAGCACCUUUCGGUUUCCAUUGAAGGGGGUGUGAGAAAAACCAUAGGACUGGUCUGUUGGUGACCAGAAAUUUCCACCUCAUUGUUCAUGUGUAGCAGAGAGAAGGGAGACAUCUGGUUUGGUAAAUGCCUGAAGCUCAGCUCCAGGGAAAAGUGCAGCGGAGCCCGGGUUCGCGGCUCCUUUAAGAGGCCGGGCCGUCUCCGGGCGGGACUCGGGCCUGCCCUCUUGCCCGCCGGCCGCCGCCAUGGCCAAGGAGCUACUGGAGGACAAGCUGACCUGCGCCAUCUGCCUGGAGCUCUACGAGGACCCGGUGACGCUGCCCUGUGGCCACAACUUCUGCGGGGCCUGCAUCCGGGACGGGUGGAGCCGCCGCGAGAAGGUGUGCCCCGAGUGCCGGGCACCCUUCCCCGACCACGCCGAGCUGCGCCGCAACGUGGCGCUCACCGACGUGCUCAAAGUGGUGCGCGCCGAGCCUGGCCCAGCCCCGGGCCCCGCUGCGACCCCUUGCGCGGACCCGCGCGCCGACGUCGACGUAGGCGCGCGCUGCCCCCAGCACGGACGGCUGCUCGAGCUCUUCUGCCGCACCGAGGGCCGCUGCGUGUGCAGCGCGUGCACCGUGAGCGAGUGUCGCCUCCACGAGAGGGUGCUGCUGGAAGUUGAGCGCCGGGAGCACGAGGCCCAGCUGAGAGCCAUGCAGGAGGUCACCCGGCAGCAGGCCACCCAGGCUGAGAGCCAGCUACAGGAGCUGCAGCAGCAACGCAGCCACAUCCAGAGCUCGGCCUGCACCCUGGCUUCCAGGGUCUCUGGCAAGUUCAGCUGCCUGAUUCAGGCCCUGGAGAUGCGUCGGGACUUAGCACUGAGGGACAUCAAGGUGGCGGAGACACAGGCACUGGCACAGGCCCAGGAGGAGGAACAGCGACUACAGGGCCACCUGGAGGCCGUGACUCACGUUGACCGCAGGAUCCAGGGCCUCCUGGAGCAGCUGGAUGACCAAACCUUCCUCCAGGAAUCACAGCUCCUGGAGCCGCCAGGGCUUCUUGGGCCACUGACUCUUCCACAGUGGGACGCAGAUAAACAGCUAGGUGGCCUGAAGGAGAGUCUGAGCCAGCUUUGUGGCCUCCUCUUGGACGAGGAUGGUCCCCUCUUGGAUGAGGGGACACCAGCUGAGGCUGCUGACUUGGCUCCCAUGGAGGCCCCAGGUGUCCCAGCAUCGGUCCCAAGCCCAAUUUGUCCGCUGAGGAGGAAACUCUGGCAGAAUUAUCGCAAUCUGACCUUCGACCCAGAGAGCGCCAACCGCCACCUCUACCUGUCCCGGCAGGCCCAGCAGGUAAAGCACUGUCGAAAGCCCCGGGGCCCAGCCGAGCGGGGCAGCUACGAGCUCUGGCAGGUUCAGUGCACCCAGAGCUUCCGGUCGGGGCGGCACUACUGGGAGGUGCACGCAUCUCACCACUCGGUGACACUGGGCGUCGCCUACCCGGAGCUGGCACGGCACAAGCUGGGGCCCCACACGGACAACAUCGGCCGCGGACCCAGCUCGUGGGGGCUCUGCGUCCAGGAGGAUUGUGCCCAGGCCUGGCACAAUGGGGAGUCCCAGCGCCUCCCAGGGGUGUCGGGGAAGCUCCUGGGCGUGGACUUGGACCUGGCCUCUGGCUGCCUCACCUUCUAUAGCCUGGAGCCCAAGGUCCAGCGCCUGCACACCUUCCAUGCCAUCUUCACCAAGCCCCUCUGCCCCAUUUUCUGGCUUCUAGAGGGUAGGACCCUGACCCUGUGCCAUAGGCCUGAGGCCAGGCUCCCUCCAGGGCUCCAGGAAGAGGCCUCUGGGCUCAGCUGAGGAAGGCACCGGAUGGAAAUCUGGGCUGGGGCAGGUGCCACUGUGCCUGUGUGCCCGAGAGCUGCCCAGCCCUUGGCCUGAGGGCCUAAGGCCACAGCUAUAAUAGGACCAGCUGUUGGCCAGAAGACCGACUCGGGACCAGGCUGGGCCACUUGUGGGCGUGGGGAGGACCCCCCACAAUACUGGAGUUCACUUUUCCAGCCUCUUUGAAGGGGACAGGGACUAGGAAUGAGAUAAAAUGGGAGGCCCCUGUCCCAGGCAGUACCCAGUUCUCAGUGUCGCGGGGCCUCAGAGGCUAGGGCUGUGGCCAGCUAGCACACGUGUCUGCCCCAGGGCACCUCCCACCAGACAGGGCAGACCAGGGAGGGUCGGGUGUGGGGAGCUGAGCCACGGAGCACUCACUCCCCCAGAAAACUCAGAGAAAAGGCGUUUUUACCUCUUCCUUCCUGGUCUCUAUUUCUUUUUUUUUUUCCUAACAGUUUGGUAUAUUUUGGCUUGCUAUUAUGUACAUCCUCGUGAUUGCCAUUCCAUAAACAGUUGUGUUUUCUGCAUUUUUCACAUGAUAAAAAUUGUUUCCAGAAUGAUUACUAUAUAAACAGUUGUACUAGUGA